AUGAAAUUGUUUCUAAUUGCCUUCGUGGUAUGUUUAGCUAUCUCCUCUUCAUCUGCACAUCCCUCUUGGGUCCACGGUGGAUGGGGCGGCUUAGGAGGAUGGAGAGGUAAUGGAGGAUGGAGAGGUAAUGGAGGAUGGGGCGGCUUAGGAGGAUGGAGCGGUAAUAUUGGAUGGAGUAACCCAAUUGCAUUGGGAGGACAUAUUCCGAUAACACAUUACGGAGGAGGUCAUGCUGGAUUGGGAGUUAUUCCAUGUUAA